UGGAGUGAGCGUGUGUGUGUAGUUGUAAAGAGAUCUCAUUCAUGGCUAAGACCCUGUAUGUAAACAGAGCGUAAACCGUGUGCCCUGCUGUUUACCCUCGCCACGACGUGGACCAGCGACCGUGACGGUUGCGUAGCUAUAGUUGCAGAGACUGGUGUUCCCUAGUGAGGUGGUUGGACUACAAACACGCUUUGUCUUCUUACUCUGCCUUGAUAUUCUUCUUUCGGAAGGUCGGAGAUUAUUGCCUUUCACUGACAGAUUCUUUCUAUAGAUGACACGCGUGUGGGAGAAGGUUUUAUACAGAACUAGCUAGCUUAUAUAGAUCUGUGUUGCGCAUACGGAUUAAAGAUCAGCUGUGAUAUUGGUUUUAGAGUAUAUUUGUAUUCAAUACAAACAAGUGUGUGUAUUUCAGUCAGUUUGUUUACAGUGUAGUAAUCGUUAUGUGUGAUAAACAGGAUAAGUUGGGAAGGACAUUCGUUAUCCCUGAUAAAUGAAGAGAAACCCCAAAUAUUUUGUGCCGGUUAGGGAUUACCUUGAUAACGCGGUUAUUCGCGUGGUUUUUGGAGUUACAACACAUUUUUGUUUUCUGUGAUAAAAAAAGAAUAACUUCCGUGUCUGACUUCAAUUGAAAGUCUGUCUUUCGUACUUCUCAUUAAAUGUAACGUCCGUUACGGACAAGCGUAUUCAACGUUCCUUUGUGAAGUGUUACGUCCGUAACGAGGAUGGCUGGUCUGUCCGGAGUGGGAGUUUUUUGGGCGUUUUCGUCCCUAUUAGCGGCCCUGGCGGGCAGUGUGGGGUUCUACAUGCCGUUUUGGUUGCGGGGCUACAUGGGGGAGACACCAGUUUAUUUUGGGGUAUUCCGGAGAUGUAACUACCCCCGGAUGAACGAGUUCGGAUCUUUAGUGAUGGUUGAGCAAUGCGGACGUUAUUCCACGUUUGAAGACAUACCCAGUCUUUCCUGGCAGAUCGCUACCCUGACAAUCGGAGUGGGGUGUGGUCUCGCCAUGCUUGUGUCCCUGGUCGCAAUCCUGGCUGUAUGCAUACAGGGCAUUGUGUCACCGACUAUAGCCCGGGUGGCCGGGAUCCUGCAGCUAUGUGCGGGUAUGCUGAUAGGGGCUGGCGUAGGGAUCUAUCCUAAUGGUUGGGACAGUUCCGAGGUUCAACAGGCCUGUGGCUACACGUCACAGCCCUAUAACAUGGGGGACUGUACUCUAUUCUGGUCUUUCUACCUGACAGCAGCUGGCGCUGCAGUCACCUUGAUCGGUUCAGCAAUGUCCUGUCACGCCAGCAAACGCAAGUUCGGCCACGCCUCUUAUGCAGAUAUGUGAUGACAUCGGUCUUAAACGAAACUGCAACGCAUCAUUCAAAUGUUGACGAAUUAUUCACAGCGUUGCAUAGUGAUCAAUCAACUCUCUCGUAUGCAAUCGAUGGGCCGCUAAGAGAACAAGCAAUGUGAUCUCCACUAUGCCCGAUAAUGAUUGAAUUUUACCUGCAAUUUGAAACAAUUUCCGAUACAUUUUCAACAAUGUUUCGAUAUUAUAAUAGCAUAUACGAGUACUAUCGGUAUGCCACUGUCGUAUGUAGACAAAACCUGAUACUUGACGGAAGUAUCCGGCUGUUCCACGCAUGCGCCCUCCGCAAUAUAGGCAAAACGUGUUUUACGAAAAUGACAGAAUCUCAUCAGUGUGUCCAAAGUGUGACGGGAGACCAUUUUGGAACCAUGUUCGCGACGCGAUAGUUGUGCGUAUACGAUUGGAUUAAUUACAUCGAGGUGUACAAACCAAUCUUCUCGCUUCCAUUAAAGAAACGGAUCGAUUAGGUUCUGUAAAAAUGAUAACCUUUAUGUGCGCUGUCAUUAUGGUCACUUUUCUCAUUAUUCCGUUGAAAUGAUUACUUGGUGCUAAUAUGUGUUUCUAUAAUAUCAUCAGCGAGCCGUGUUAACAAGCUGCAUACGACAUUCUCUGGGAGGCGAGAAGCAUUAAGCGGAAAUCCGUCAAGAACACUGUAAUAUGAGGCAACACCGCGUCAGAAUUACCGAUCAAGACGAUUCGGUACAAGGAAAUCGAUUUUCCCUCGUUUGGGAAAAUUAGCAUCUAUAACGUUUAAUUACAUGUCUGGGUUGUGAAAGAUUGGAGUCCAUUUUCUCUUUGUUUGUUCGCCCCAAACAUUGAUUACACCUUCUGUGAUGCUAGUUUCUGAUAUGCCGGCAAAGGCUCUGGUUGAAUCAUCUAACAUUGAAAUUAAGUGUUUGACAUGUCAGUAAAGGCCAGAGGUCAAAGUGAAGGUCAGCUCCCUAUUUAAGAUCAACUGAAGGUGAGGGGUCACAGCGCAGUGCAUGUCACUUAGCAUGAGACUUAACUGUGUAAGGGUCGAGGAAAAGCCAAGACACUCGGGUAACCUACUAGAGAACAAGUGAGGGCUAGGGAUCAAUGUGAAUAUCAGAAAGAGACGCGUUAUAGUGUAAUGUACGGCAGUGUGAACGGCUAGAGA